AUGACCAAGGUCGCUCUUAUCACCGGCGGCACCAGUGGAAUCGGCCUGGCAGUUGCCAAGGACCUGAGUCUGACCGAUAGUUGGCAGGUCAACAUUAUUGGAAGCAAUCAGAAGCGAGGUCAAGAAGCAGCGGCAUCCCUCUCAAAUGUCGCCUUCUAUCAAGUCGACGUGCGCAAUUACCAACAGCUAGCCGCUGUAUUUGACCAGAUUUUCAAUGCCGCUGGUCGGAUAGACUUUGUUUUCGCGAACGCCGGAAGAGCAGGGGACACUGAUUUCUUCGCCAAAUGUGAGACCGGCAUCCCGCCUGAUCCGGGUUUCGACAUUGUCGAUAUCAACGUGAACGGCGCUUUGUAUACCAGUUAUCUCGCGAUGCAUUAUUUUCGUCGCUCUCCGAAGUCAACGAAAGGGCAUAGAAACUUGAUACUCACAUCGAGUAUUGGGGGACUGUACCCCUGCAUGCUAACCCCGGUGUACUCUAGUACUAAACAUGCGCUCGUUGGAUUCACUCGCUCUGUCGGAGAGCGACUUUGGGAAGAGGGAGUCCGGAUCAACGCUUUGUGCCCUGGUGUUGUCGAAACGCCUCUUUUUUCCGUUGAAGCGUUUACGUCGGUCUUCCCACGGGAAACAUUUAUCCCUAUGGACGUUGUGACUGGUAUAAUAUCACAGCUAUUGUCUGGUGGGGAUAUGGUAGACGCCAAAGGGAUGCGCGUGGCUGGUGAGGAGAUGCAUUCCCGGGCUAUUCACGUUUCAGGAGAGAACUUCCUUUUCAUUGAAAAGCCCGGGAUCUAUGACGAGCAAACCCGAAUCACAUGGGCUGCAAUGAUGGGGCAUGAAUAA